CGGCUCCCACUGCGCGUGUGCGCCGGUCACUCUGCGUCUGCGCGCUCGGUUUCCAGGUGACGGGGUGAUGGCGGCGGGUGCGGCGGGGUGUGAGCACUACUCGCGCUCCUGCCGGCUCAAGGCACCGUGCUGUGGAAAGUUUUACAUCUGUCGCCUGUGCCACGAUGAUGCAGAAAAUCAUCAGCUUGAUCGCUUCAAGGUCACUCAAGUUCAGUGUGCAAAGUGUGAGACGGUUCAGAAGGUUCAACAGAGCUGUGAAAGCUGUAAAACUGUGUUUGGGGAAUAUUACUGUGACACAUGCCAUCUGUUUGAUGUGGACAAGAAACAGUACCACUGCCCAUCCUGUGGCAUAUGCAGGAUUGGACCAGAAGAUGAUUUUUUCCACUGUGUGAAGUGUAACUUGUGUCUAGCUACUCAACUCCGUGGGAACCACAAGUGUGUUGAAAACGUUUCACGACAGAACUGUCCAGUAUGCAUGGAGGACAUUCACACUUCUCGCAUUGGCGCUCAUGUCCUCGCCUGUGGGCAUCUGCUUCACAAGACUUGCUAUGAAAUGCUGUUUAAUAAAGGAGCCUAUCGGUGCCCUUUGUGUAUGCAGUCUGCGACUGACAUGACUAAAUACUGGGAGGAGCUGGACACAGAAAUCGCCCAGACCCCAAUGCCGUCAGACUAUCAGAACAUGGCCGUUAAGAUCAUGUGUAAUGACUGUCAGCUCCACAGUACUGCGCCGUUUCAUGUGUUGGGUCUGAAGUGCAGUGGAUGUGGAUCUUACAACACCGCCCAGGAUGGAGGACUAAUCACACUUCAGUGAUAGCAAUAACACAGAGCCUGCAUCCUGUCCAAUUCUCAAUUAAACUCUUGAAAGUA